AAGAUUAUCCUUCGCCCUUCCUCCUCACUACUUCAAAUCUCCCUCUCCUUGUCUCUCCUCAUUUGCUCUGUUUAAGUUCUCUCAUUCUCCAUUACUUUUCCCAUCGUUGAGAGAGGGAGAGAGAGAGAGUAUGUGUGUCAGUGUGUGUCGUCCUACUUGUUAAUUUGUAUCGAGUGUUUCCAUGUUUAAGUCAAACUAACGAGUUGCAUACUUGAAAUUUUUUUUUAUUGGCGAAGGAGGCUGACUUUUGAUAUGGCAAGCUGAGCUAGUGUUUUCCGACAUUCCAGCUCAUUUCCCAUUUUGUUUUUGUAAGAAAAGUUACUUUUCCCGAAGGACAAAAAAGAAAGAGUAUUUAUAGCGCCGUAUUAGAUCUGGAUUUGGUCCUCUGUUUCCAGUUAAAGUAAGAAAACAGAGGAAUUUAAACGGUAAAAUGGAGUGGGUGUGGAGGGUGAUGCCCGCCACGAUUUCCGGCGCGGAAGAGCAAUUGAUGCUAGUGUUGGGGCAGGUGAAGCCCUUACUCAUAGUCGUGCCGCUGCUGGACAUCUCCAUGACUAUCUGCUUGAUAAUGUCAGUCAUGUUGUUCGUGGAACGAGUGUACAUGGCCGUCGUUAUCAGCGGCGUCAAAAUGUUGGGCAGGAAACCCCAUACACGAUACAAAUGCGACGCCUUGGAAGAAGAUUUGGAGCAGGGGAACCUCGCCUACCCCAUGGUUCUUGUCCAGAUCCCAAUGUUCAACGAAAGAGAGGUGUACCAGCUCUCCAUCGGAGCUGCAUGUGGCCUAUCUUGGCCCUCCGACCGCUUCAUAGUUCAAGUUCUCGACGAUUCAACGGACCCCGCCAUCAAGACUAUGGUGGAAACGGAGUGCCAGAGAUGGGCGAGUAAAGGGGUAAACAUCAAAUACGAAAUUCGAGACAACAGAAAUGGAUACAAAGCCGGAGCUCUCAAAGAAGGGCUGAAGCGCUCCUACGUCAAAGAAUGCGAUCACGUGGCCAUAUUCGACGCGGAUUUCCAACCGGAGCCGGAUUUCCUGCGCCGAACCAUCCCAUUCCUCGUCCACAACCCGCAGAUCGGCCUCGUGCAGGCUCGGUGGAAGUUUGUGAAUGCGAACGAAUGCUUGAUGACGAGAAUUCAAGAAAUGUCGCUCAACUAUCAUUUCACAGUGGAGCAAGAAGUUGGAUCAUCCACAUAUGCCUUUUUUGGCUUCAAUGGAACUGCUGGCGUGUGGAGAAUGGCUGCAAUUGAGGAAGCGGGAGGUUGGAAAGACCGUACCACAGUUGAGGAUAUGGACUUGGCCAUUCGUGCAAGUCUCAAAGGAUGGAAAUUCGUAUAUGUUGGUGCGCUACAGGUAAAAAAUGAGUUGCCUAGCACGUUCAAGGCCUAUAGAUACCAACAACAUCGUUGGUCAUGUGGGCCCGCCAAUUUAUUUCGCAAGAUGUUGUCCGAGAUUAUAAGAAACGAGAAAGUUACAUUGUGGACAAAGGUUCACGUUAUAUACAGCUUCUUCUUGGUGAGGAAGAUAAUUGCCCAUAUAGUGACGUUCGUGUUUUACUGUGUUGUACUUCCUGCUGCGGUGUUGGUACCUGACUACCACAUCCCAAAAUGGGGUGUAGUCUACAUUCCCACAAUCAUCACCGUCCUCAAUGCCAUCAGCACUCCGAGGUCAAUUCAUUUGGUUGUUUUUUGGAUCGUUUUCGAGAAUGUGAUGGCACUACACCGCACCAAAGGUACGUUGAUCGGGCUGAUGGAGGUGGGUAGAGUGAACGAGUGGAUUGUCACUGAGAAACUUGGUGAUGCUCUCAAGGCCAAACCUGUUGGCGACACUGUGAAGGUUAAAUCUACGGCUACCAACCAACGGCGCUUCAAAUUUAUUGAUAGAAUUAAUUUGUUAGAGCUUGCGUUCGGUUGCUACCUCUUAUUCUGUGGGUGCUACGACGUCAUAUACGGGAAAUACCAUUUCUUCAUCUAUCUCUUCCUCCAAGCAAUCGCCUUCUUCAUCAUGGGAUUCGGCUAUGUUGGCACCUUUGUCCCCUCUUCCUCAAAUUAAUAUUACUUCCUUUUUUGUCUUACGUAUAUUAGUAUAGUAAUUCUUAUAAAUUCAAGCAUAAGGGUUGGAGCUUAGAAUUGCUCUUUUGUUUUCUUUUUCAUUUGUAUAUUGUAAGAUUGAUCAACUGUCUCAUAUUAUUCCAAUAAAAUGUCCCUUAGCAUA